AACUACAUACAAAAUGAACGAUUGCCUUGAACAAAUGAACUUAUCUUACGAACGCGCUACCAUACACUUCGUUUGUAAUAAUGUACUUCAACAUAACGCUAUAGGAUUGAAAUCAACCGGAAAAAAUCACAUAAUUGUAAUACACAACAUAACAUAUCUCUGUACACUUUCGUAAACCAGUGCAGUCUUAAAUCAUACACGACAAAAUUUGAUAAUCGAGUUUUAAAAGGAACAUACAAACGAGCGUUAGAGAAAUGCAAAGGUCAGCAAGUAAUCAGCAGGCUUCGGGCUAUUUUCCGUUUGACCCGUCAGAGCAAAGUUCUUACACAUGUUGUCCUGGAUCCCUUAAACACGCUCCAUCGGCGCUAGCAGAGGAGGGUCAAUGUGAUGCGACGCCGUCUGAAAACACGGCUUCUGUCUACAAAAGCUGUGCGCAUGAUGCAACCACUGACAUUUUCGCACAAAUUAUCGAAUCGUAUUGGGAAAUAGAAGAUGAGGAUGACGAAGAUGAAGCCGACGCUAUAGGUGAUGGCUCGUUUGACGAAGUCGACGGAAUAGGUGAAGAGAUGAAACACCAAUCUCACGCAAACGGUGUGUGUCAUUAUCCUAAAGAGGGCGGGGCAAGAUUAAGGUUGAUUGCCGACGCUUUGAAUAAUCGUGUCGAUCCGUCGCAAAAUGUGCGUGAUGUAACCACAAAGAUCGUUUCAUCGACUACAUUCGAGCAAUUUAUGGAAGCGUUGCCUAGAGAAGCUGCCAAAACCAUCGGAUGGGAUCAGGUGGCACUGUACUGGUACAUCAUAAGAACGUCAAUUACGAUGGUGGGCGAUGGCACAGACAUCAAGAAUUCCAUUACGAGCUAUGCCAAACAGUAUUUCCAGUCGACGUUCAGUGACUGGAUUAACAGCCAACCACUUCAAUGGGACUCCAUCGUUGACGUACCGAUCGUUGACUAAGAUCGCCCCAUCUGUCAGUGAAAUUGUGAUCGAAAUUACUGUUACUUGUACGUAGUGCUACAUACGCAGCAUAUAAUGACUAUAAUGUAUGACUAUAACUUAACUAUCACAAGCCAUCUUAAUGUACAUCGAAUUCUUUAUCUGUAUCUAACUAAACAUAAAGUUACCAACAUAACAUCAUUUUAAUCAAAGGACACGAGAGUUUUACUUUGAAACAAGUAAACCAUACAGAAGAUGGUGACUGUUACUUAAGCUAUUUAAGACUAUAUGACUGCUGUUUUGCAACCGACAUAAGUCUGUUUUUUAAGACAUACACCUAUGUUAAUCAUUGAAUUGAUAGUUCUUACAUUUAUAAAAUACACAAUGCACAGUUAGUUUAGUAUUUUUAUUGUGUCAAGUGAUAACCAUUGAUAAAAAGUGAAGCAUGUAUUGUAAUUAACUGGCUUGUCAAAAUAAUUAUCAGGACGCAUGUUUUGAUUAUAAGCCGCCGUCAUUGUGAUAACAUAAGCAUUUUACAUUGCAUAGACCUGGUACAAACAUUUGCACAAUCUCAGGUUUAUGGUAUGUUAAGUACGUGUGGGUAAAACUAACAACUGUCAAAUUAUUUACUGUAUGAUUUUAAUAUAACACUCAAAUAAGCAUUCAUACCUAAUGAUUUUAAUUGUGAUGCAUCUUAACUUCCUCGUUCUGAAUACCAAAUUUUAACCGACUUAACAUGAGAAUGUAUUGGUAUUGGUUAAACACGCCUGCUUAGUUCUAUCUUUGACAAUCUAUUGUCUUCUAGAGAUUUAUGAACUCUCCUUUCUUUAAAUUGAUAUCUAGAUACCGAAAAUCUUUUCGUUCAAAACAAUAAUUUAACGUCAAAUGACUGAUACUUACUACAUAAUAAAUAUCAAGCUACUUAAAUUUGCUAUGUUAAAAAUAUCAAGUUACUGAUGCUUGCAAUAAACCUUGUAUACACGUAUAUUGUAUAUCGAUAUAUCUUUCCUUGCGCAGUAAAUACUCUUCUGUACCUACCUCACAAGGGCUCGACCCUUCUGUGGUAGAACACAAUUUCUUUUAUACCUAAUGAUAAACUAUGACAUUUCUGCAGUGAAAUAACAGCAUUGAAAAUAAACCAAAUUGUUAUGUUCA